GUAGCUAUGUCCCUCUUCCCGUCGUCAGAGAGAGACUAGCUGGGGCCAAGCGAGAGGACGAUGAGGAAAAACGACACUAACUAGAAACCGUCGAGAUGGAUUCAAACAAGUUUCUGUGUGCUAAGAGGAUGUUUAUCCAGUGAUGGGUGUCUGACUGAAUUGUCCAACAACAAACCAGAGUCUCGGAGAGAAGACUCAUCGUCUGGUGAUGCCAUCGAUGGAGGUGAUCUCUUACCACACAGCUUUUGACGCUGAAUUUGGCACUAACGUUAUAAUAUUCACUUCAAAUAAUUUAAUCCAGUGAGAUAUUCAUAUUAUAUUUAAGAUAUGAUUUGGGUGUUGUUUAACAAACGUUUCUAUAAGCGUCUCUUUGUAGUUUACAUUUCAGCUAGCUAUAAAACAUAGGUAAGUUAGCUUGGUUGUUGUUCUGGACAUGUCUGAGCUAAUAUUUAGUAAUUCACUUCAUUAUCGACAGUUUAUCAGACGUGAAGUGCUCGACUACUGAAAACAGAAAAUAACAUCGACGUCCUUGCUUUGUUGUGAUUUAUUGUGGGACUGUCACCUUGCUUACAUUAGCCAUCGUUGGCUAACUAUUAGGUAACUAUUAGCUAGCUAACCUCUGACUACAUUAACGUUAUUUAUGCCUGGCUAUAACAACCAUCUUUCAUUUAGUAGCUACACAGCUAGUCACUUCUUUGCCCUGUUACUGGCUUCGUGUUGUUCACAAGAUGCAUCAACAGGACUUUUCAGUAGAUUCCUCUGGGUCUAGGAAGAUGUCUUUCCACAAUAGAAGAGGCAGUAACACCACCGGUAGUGGCGGUGCAUCUGGGUCUGCUGCAGGUAGCAGUAAUGUAAUUCCCACUGAUGAUUAUCAGACAACUAGCCAGGCUGGGUCCUCCUCCCCUGAGCCGCACCACCACCCCCUGAGCCUUAACCUCCCCCAGUCCGGGUCUCAGGUGAAAAAAAAGAGUGGCUUCCAGAUAACUAGCGUGACCCCGGCCCAGGUCUCUGUUAGCACCAACAACAGCAUAGCGGACGACACAGAGAGUUAUGAUGACAUGGAUGAAUCCCACACAGAGGACCUGUCCUCCUCUGAAAUGCAGGAAGUGUCCGUACCUCGGGACACCGGCGUCCCUGAGAGGAGCUCCUCGGACGAGACCCUCAACAGCCCCCAUGGGGUGGAGACCCCAGGCGCAGUGUCCCCUAACGAACCCCUGAACCCUCACUCCCUACCCCAGGACCCUCACUCCCUACCCCAGGACCCUCACUCCCUACCCCAGGACCCUCCGUGCGAACCCCUGCAGCCUCAGGGCCCUCCGCAGCCUGGUAACAUGGUGAAUGGGACUGUGCAUAAUCUGCAAGAGAAUGUGGUGCCAGCAGCCUUUACUGUCUCAGUGGCAGAGGGGAGUUCCUCUGAAAUGGCUGGGCCCAACCAGACUCAGAUGGGGCAGGGUAUGGUGGAGAAUACCACUGCCCAGUUUUCUGUUACCAUCACUGCUGCGCCAGGCAUGGAUGUGUCAUCCAUAGUCAGUGAUAGUGGUGCCCCUCCCUCUGCGGGCCCAAUAAUCUUUGACAGUAGUGGAGGCCGGCAAGUGACAUCCAGUGGAGUAGGGGCUCUCCCUGGAGUCACAGGGCCCACCAAUAGCACUCAGAUUGGGAUGUCAGUAGCAGUGGCACAGCCUGUGACCUCCAGCACCCAGACACAACAGACUCAGACCCAAGCCACUCCGGGUUCUCGCUUCAGAGUGGUGAAGCUGGACUCUAACUCAGAGCCGUUCCGCAAGGGAAGAUGGAUGUGUACUGAGUACUAUGAGAAGGAGGUUCUCCCUGCCGCGCCCACUUCUGACCCAGCCCCUGCACCCAGCGCUGGCGGCCCAGAGAGCCAAGCAGGGAAUGGAAGUGUGGUGGCCGGUGUUGUCCAAUACGGAGGCAUAGAGAUGGGAGCAGUGGCACCCCAGACCGCGCAGCCAUACCAGCACCAGGACUACACCAGUCCUGAGACUGUCCAGAAUUCUCUGCAAGCCCACAUGGUCCCUCAGGACCCUAACCCUCUCCUGUUGCAGCAGACCAGCAUGGUCCCCCAUGGUACUCUACCAGCAGCCCCUCAGGUGAAUGCCCAGGGCGCUAGGAGUCAGGCCAUGCCCCAGCAGAUGCCCUAUGAUAUGGAGCAUGCCCAUACAGGGUACCCCACGCCCCAGUUCCCAGCGGGGCUAGUGUGCCAGACAGGCAGCCGGCCUCCAGACUUCAUCCAGCCUACGGCUCCUCUCCAGUCCCAGGUCCUCCUCCCACACCCUGGCUCUCUUGGGGUGUCCAUGCCUGGCCCGGCCGCUGUCCCUCAACCCCUUCAGAGUCAGCUCCAGAACCUCCCAGCUCAGCAGCUGCACCCUCACCCCCAGCACCCCUCCGCCCCUUUCGUGACCACACUCCGUGCCGACCUCCAGCCCCUCCUUACUCACAGGGUUCCCCUCAGCCACACCAGCCUGGCCCAAAGCGGGGCUCUGUACGGGGGAAGCAUCCCCACCCUAACGGCAUCCCAGCUGGAGGAUGCCCAGAGGCUGCUGUUCCAACACCAGUCCCUGCUGACGCUGCCCCGGCUGGGGGGCCGCUCCAUGGAGAGCAUGGGGAUGGCUGGAGAUGCCAGUGCCUUAGUGGCCGCUGCUGCAAGCCUGAGGACACAGUCUGCAGAUGGAGAGGAGGACAGGUAAGGAUGGAUGGCCUCUGUGUUGGAAUUAGAACUGUUGAAGAUAGCUGAGGCUAUAUAACAUCAGACUGCUUUAAAGGUCCAAUGUAGCUGUUUUUCAGUAUGACAUCAUAGACUGUUUUAAAGGUCCAAUGUAGCUGUUUUUCAGUAUGACAUCAUAGACUGCUUUAAAGGUCCAAUGUAGCUGUUUUUCAGUAUGACAUCAUAGACUGUUUUAAAGGUCCAAUGUAGCUG